UUGGAGGCCGUAGUUUGUGGUGCUGCUGAACUGUAUUGAUUUAAACACCAACAUGUUUCUGUUAUUGAGCCUAGCACACUGAGUAAAAUGGGGUUAUCACAGUAAUAGAAACACAUGUGAUUUGGUUAUGUCAAGUUAUGUGGCGCAAACCCUUAAUAUCAUAACCUUUAUGAAGGCAAGCUUCAGUGUUUGUAUUAGUCUAUUUUGUUUCAUGAAGGUUAUGGUUUUCAGCAUUUCCUUAAAAAUGUAGAAGAGACUGUAGAACUAUUGAAGUGUGUUGUGUUAUAUAACACAUGCUGUGUCGACACAUUUCUGUUAUUUUGACAGCCACAUUUUAGCGUUUGAUUCAGUUCAUUUUAAUAGCUCCAAAAACGACUUCCUCAAAAAUAAUCACAUGUAUAACCACCCUUUCUGUUUCAAAAUAAACCGAAAACAAAAACAGUUAUGGAACAAAAACAGAAACAAUAAUAAUUUUCUUUAACUCGAGAGACAAUGAUAAAAAACAAUCAAACCUUAAAUUCAUGUAAUAUUAUAGUUUUUUGCUUCCUUUUCACUAUCCACAUUUUCAGCCUUCACAACACUGACAGAAUCCUGCAGAUUGAGCCGGAUUCUUUGAUAUCCUGUGCCAUUUCUGAAGCCUGUUUGCCAGCCCUGCCCAGCCCGGAGACACUGGCACAUGAAGAAAGGCAGCGCAGUAGGGAGUAAAGGAAGAUGAAAUGAAACGGAUACCUCAGAGAUGAAGUUUGCUCGCUUCAUUCACUGCAAAUGGCAUCUCUUUGUUAGAAAGGACUUGGGGCUGAUGAAGAAAUCUCAAGGGGGAAAAAACAUGGCAAUAUAAUCCAGCAGGGGUACAUGGCAAUAAUUACCAAAAACCAAUCCAACUAUUCAGAAGAGGACAGAACAGAAGAGACAAAAGGAAAUAUUUAAAACUCAGAGGAGGAGGAACAUGUGACUAUUUGACUGUAAGAAAACGGGAGAGAUCAGGACCGAAAUCAUUUGUGCGAUUGUCGUUCGUUUGGUUAGCAUUUACAGUUUCUCUAACCCUCAGUUUGUUACUACGGGAUUUGUGUCAGAUGCUAGUCAGCAGCAUGACUCAGCUGUGCUUGUGUAUCUGUAUAUGCACGAGUGUAUGGGUACAAAUGUCCCUCGGGCUGCCACCGCAGCACCGUGGGUGGCUGCGGCUCUGGGAGGAGGGUGAGGGCUGCAGGGAGUGUCAUCAGCACCUCUGCCCUCCAGUGCCGAACUGCCCUGCAGGCCUGGUGCGGGACAAUUGUGGAUGCUGCGACCAAUGUGCUAAUGUAGAGGGGCAGCAGUGUGACCCAGAUGGGGCCCAGAAGUUCUACGGCCAUUGCGGAGAGGGCCUGGUGUGCCAGAGGAAAUUGCCAAAGAGGAGAGACAGGAAGGAGCCAGAGCCUAUGUGUGUGUGCCAGGAAAAAGGUCCUGUGUGUGGCUCAGAUGGGUGGACAUACCCCAAUGUUUGCCAGUUGAGGGAGGCUGCCAGUCGCAGUAACACAACCCUAAAGCUCAACGGAAGAGGACCGUGCUACUCUGCUCCCCGUGUCCUCAGAGCUCCCAGAAAUCUGUCCAAACAUGCAGGAAAUGACAUCAUCUUUGGCUGCGAGGUUUCGGCCUACCCUCUUCCACACCUGACCUGGAGGAAGUCAGGCAGUGACAACCUCCUGCCAGGAGAUGAUCCUCACAUCUCGGUCCAGGCUCGAGGCGGUCCGCAGCGCUACACGGUCUCCACUUGGCUCCAGAUACAGGGCCUCCGUGCCUCUGACGCAGGUGUCUACUCUUGCGUCUCCCACAAUGCCUUGGGAGAGACGGCAGCUUCGGCACAGCUCACUGUGCUGGGACGAGGUGAGCCUGUCGACCGGAGAGAAUCGGAUUAUUGUGCUCAAAUUCAUCCCAGAUACCCCCACCAGCUGCCUCUGACCCCUCAUCGCAGCCCUGCCUCUGCUUGCCAUGUGCUGGGAGUCAAAGGGUUCCCACCUAUCGCUCACCAGAAUGGAACCCCAACCAUGUCCUGCCCCGAGCUCUAA